GAUUUUUUGGCCAAGCCACCAGGAGGAAGCAGCAUGUCGGACAAGCUGACGCGUAUCGCCAUCGUGAGCGCAGACAAGUGCAAGCCCAAGAAGUGUCGCCAGGAAUGCAAGAAGUCCUGCCCCGUCGUGCGCAUGGGCAAGGUCUGCAUUGAAGCCACGGGCAAGUCCAAGAUCGCCUACAUCUCCGAGUCGCUCUGCAUCGGCUGCGGUAUCUGCGUCAAGAAGUGCCCGUUCGAGGCCAUCAACAUUAUCAACUUGCCCAAGGACCUCGAAAACAACACGACGCACCGGUACGGCGCCAACACGUUCAAGCUCCACCGCCUGCCCAUGCCCCGCCCGGGCCAGGUCCUCGGUCUCGUCGGUACCAACGGUAUCGGCAAGUCGACGGCGCUUAAGGUGCUUGCCGGCAAGCUCAAGCCCAACCUUGGCCGCUACGACUCGCCGCCCGAGUGGCAGGAGAUCCUCACGUACUUUCGUGGCUCGGAGCUCCAAAACUACUUUACGAAGAUCCUGGAAGACAACUUGAAGGCGAUCAUCAAGCCGCAGUUCGUCGAUCGCAUCCCCAAGGCUGUCCAGGGCCAGGUCCGUCAGAUCAUCAGCGACCGCUGCCAGAAGGAAGGCAAGCUCGACUACUACAUGAAGGAACUCGACCUCACGCACAUCAAAGACCGCGACCUCGCGGUGCUCUCGGGUGGUGAGCUCCAGCGUUUUGCCAUUUGCUCGAUCGCGGUCCAGCAGGCCGACAUUUACAUGUUUGACGAGCCGUCGUCGUACCUCGAUGUGCGCCAGCGUCUCAAGGCCGCGCUCGUGAUCCGCUCGAUGGUCGAGGGCAGCCACCUCUCGUACUGCAUCUGCGUCGAGCACGAUCUCUGCGUCCUCGACUACCUCUCCGACUACAUCUGCGUGCUCUACGGCUCGCCGUCGGCGUACGGCGUCGUGACGAUGCCCUUCUCGGUGCGCGAAGGCAUCAACAUCUUCCUCGCGGGCUUCGUCCCGACCGAGAACCUCCGUUUCCGCCAAGAAGAACUCACGUUCAAGCUUGCGCAGACGGCGGACGAGCUCCAGGGCAACGACAACUCGAGCGCCAACACGUACACGUACCCCAACAUGACCAAGUCCAUGUCGUCGGGCAAGCCGGGCGCGCCGACGUUCAAGCUCCACGUCGAGACGGGCUGCUUCACCAACUCGGAGAUCAUCUGUAUGCUCGGUGAGAACGGUACGGGCAAGACGACCUUUAUCAAGAUGCUGGCGGGCGGCCUCAAGUCGGACGAGAUGAUCGCGGCCGAGACGUCGGAAGACUACGCCGCCCAGUUCGAGGCGUCGCUGCAGUACGACGCCAACGUGGUGAGCUACAAGCCGCAGACGAUCGCGCCCAAGUUCCAGGGCUCGGUCCGCGCGCUCUUGCACAAGCGCAUUCGCGACUCGUACACGCACCCGCAGUUCCUCACGGACGUCAUGCGCCCGCUCAACAUUGACAACAUCAUUGACCAGGCGGUGCCCAACCUCUCGGGCGGUGAACUGCAGCGCGUCGCGAUCGUGCUCUGCCUCGGCAAGCCCGCCGACAUUUACCUCAUUGAUGAGCCCUCGGCCUACCUCGACUCGGAGCAGCGCAUCAUUGCGUCCAAGGUCAUCAAGCGCUUCAUCCUGCACGCCAAGAAGACGGCGUUCGUCGUCGAGCACGAUUUCAUCAUGGCCACGUACCUCGCGGACCGCGUGAUCGUCUACAAGGGCCGGCCCGGUGUCGAGUGUACGGCGCGCACGCCGCAGAGCCUCCUCUCGGGCAUGAACAUGUUCUUGAAGCAGCUCGAAAUCACGUUCCGUCGCGACCCGACCAACUUCCGCCCGCGUAUCAACAAGCUCAACUCGGUCAAGGACACGGAGCAGAAGAGCACGGGCAACUACUUCUUCAUGGACGACUAAGUUUAGAGUCGAGACGACGAUGUAUCCCUGCACAUUUAACAGAAACAAGCGUUUACAAUCGA